CAGAACCAAGAGCAGACCUGUUGCUGCGGAAGCAUCGGCGCCCAGUUCGAGUUUGGCCAGCGGCGCGUGCGGUUGUGGCGGCGGCUCCUUCAGUCCCAUCGACAUCUACAGAUCAUCUAGAGAACCCAGAAGCCAGCCCAGCUAGCGGACAAGUUUGUCGGAAAAUGUGUGAAUCGUGCGGGGAGCAUCAGUAAAAGGAAAACUGCAACGAAAACUGUGCCAUGUAGCCAAGAGAAUUGGCACACUUCCCAUUACGAUGAUUGUUAUAUCAAAAUCCAUUAGCCAUCCACAGUGCGUGUCCGUGCCGUACAGCCGGACAGGUGCCCCAUUUAGCGGGUGACCCCAUAACUCGUAUCUCGUUCUCGUAUCAAGGACAAACAUCCACAACUCUCGGCCGUGAGUCAUCCGCAAGACAAGCCCAUAGCCAUACCCAUAACCAGAGACAUCAUCAAGUAAAAGUGGAGCAGCAGCAGCAGCAGCAUUAACAGCAGUCGUAAGAAAUCUAAGUAGAAGAAAGAGCAGAAGACACCGACCGCAGCUACUUACAUUAAAGUGAAUAAGAUAUUGUCAUGCUUUCGUUGGCACCCAUCGCAGCUCAUGUCAGGGGAGAUUUAACAGUCCGCAAAUUGUGCUAAAUGCCUCAGCGCCCAGCAAUAAUCAACUACUCAACCGAAAAGUGAACAGUGAAGAGUGAAUACGAGUGACAAGUGGCUGAGAACAAUGAAAAUGAAUCUGCUGCUGUGGCUCUUAGUGCUGCUCCUGCUCUCCUGCCACAUCAGCCGCGGCCAGGCCAAUAUCCUCAACACGUUGCUGGGCGUACCCGCGGAGUGUGUGCACCAGAGCGGUAUCUGGCCGUGCAAGCUGAGCUUCUCCUGCUGGCUGCAGGGCGGCAAGCACGCCAAGGGCUGUGGCAGCAACAAGUGGCUCUUCAGCUGCUGCAUCGCCGCCGAUCCCCAGCAUCCGCAUCUCCCACAGUCACAGCUGCCGCAUCCGCAGUCUUCUCUGGCGAAUCUCAUCGAUUAUGGCAAACUCAAGAUGAGUCUGCAAAGCCUGCCCAAGCGCAUCAUGUUGCGGCGUCGCGACGACAAUGAGCUGCUCAGCGUUCAGCCCGAGUGUGGGGUGCCACGAACGGCUCAGAACACGCUGCAGAAACGCAUCAUCGGCGGUCGUCCGGCACAGUUCGCCGAGUAUCCGUGGCAGGCGCACAUCCGCAUUGCCGAGUACCAGUGCGGCGGAGUGCUCAUCUCGGCGAACAUGGUGGCCACGGCCGCCCAUUGCAUACAGCAGGCGCAGCUGCCGGACAUUACCGUCUAUCUCGGGGAGCUGGACACCCAGGAUCUGGGCCACAUACACGAGCCGCUGCCAGUGCAGAAGCACAGCGUCAUGCAAAAGAUCAUCCAUCCGCGCUUCAACUUUCGCAUGACGCAGCCAGACCGCUAUGACCUGGCCCUGCUGAAGCUGGCCCAUCCCACGGCCUUCAGCGAGCACAUCCUGCCCAUUUGCCUGCCCCAGUAUCCCAUCCGGCUGAUAGGACGCAAAGGCCUCAUCGCGGGCUGGGGCAAGACUGAGGCCCAUUUGGGGCAUGCGGGCACCAAUAUGCUGCAGGUGGCCAGCGUGCCCAUCAUUACCACCUUCGACUGCAUUCGCUGGCACGAGAGCAAGCAAAUAAGUGUGGAAAUCAAGGCGGAAAUGUUCUGUGCCGGACACUCGGAUGGCCACAUGGAUGCGUGUCUGGGCGAUUCCGGAGGCCCGCUGGUGGUCAAGGAUCGCGGACGCUUUGUACUCGUCGGCAUCACCAGCGCCGGUUUCGGUUGUGGCGUCGAUCACCAGCCAGGCAUUUAUCACAAUGUUCAGAAGACAGUGAGGUGGAUACAGGAAGUGGUGACGCGCAACGAAUUGUAGCGAUUGCCAUGGACAACCUGGAACUAUCCCGCGAAUCUGUGGCAUGACACAAAUCUCAUUAGUUUAUGGGUAGAAGCAUUAGGCAAUGGAUAUGUGCAAUCCAAACCACAUAAGCGACACAUUUAAUCGUAUUUAUUAAAUAUUUAAUAUUUAUACUAUUUAAUGGGAA